GCCGCGGAGUCCCGCCUCAGCCUGCGUCCGCCAGUAGCUCGGUCGCUGCUCUUUUCCAGGCGGGUUAGCCCUACCAGGAGGAACCGAAGACAGAAUACUGGCUGGCUGGCCCUCCCAGCGCUCGCAGCCGCGCCAUGCUCGUCCUCCGAAGCGGCCUGACUAGAGCUCUGGCUGCGCGGACGCUCGCGCCUCAGGUGCACUCAUCUUUUGCUACAGGCCCAAGACAAUAUGAUGGAACAUUCUAUGAAUUUCGUACUUAUUACUUUAAGCCCUCAAAGAUGAAUGAGUUUCUGGAAAACCUUAAGAAAAACAUACAUCUUCGGACAGCUCACUCUGAAUUGGUUGGAUCCUGGAGUGUAGAAUUUGGAGGCAAAAUGAAUAAAGUGUUUCAUAUUUGGAAGUAUGAUAAUUUUGCUCACCGAACUGAAGUUCAGAAAGCCCUGGCCAAAAAUAAAGAUUGGCGACAAUUUCUCAUUCCAAAUCUGGCUCUCAUAGAUGAACAAGAGUUUGAGAUUACUUACCUGGUGCCAUGGUGCAAAUUAGAAAAGCCUGCAAAAGAAGGAGUCUAUGAGCUGGUUAUUUUUCAGAUGAAACCAGGUGGGCCAGCUCUGUGGGGUGACGCAUUUAGAAGGGCACUUAACGCCCAUGUGGAUCUAGGCUACUCAAAACUAGUCGGAGUUUUCCACACAGAAUAUGGAGCACUCAACAGAGUUCAUGUUCUUUGGUGGAAUGAGAGUGCAGACAGUCGUGCAGCUGGUAGACAUCAGUCUCAUGAGGAUCCCAGAGUUGUGGCAGCUGUUCGGGAGAGUGUCAAUUACCUCGUGUCUCAACAGAAUAUGCUUCUGCUUCCUACGUCAUUUUCACCUUUGAAAUAGUUUUCCACUGAAAGACAAAGCAUUGCAUUAACUGCUAUAAGAUGUGUCUGCUAAUGGUGCUUAAAUUCUCCCAAGAGAUUCUUUUAUUUGGAAGAUGGUAAGUGAAUUUGCUAGGUCUCUGCACUUUUAAAGCCACCUCUACCUCCUUCAUCUUUUCCUUUCCACUUCAGGAAAUAGUUCUGCUCAUUUUCCCCUUGGCAUUUCUGUGUCUGUUACACAUUAGAAAUACUUGCCACUACUUGAGGAUUUUGAUUUUUCAUUUGUUUCGGAAUAUCCCUUGUAAUCUAUUUUGACAACCAGACUCUGCUUUUAUAGCACUUUCUUAAAUUCAAGUGAUGGAGGGUGGGAGGGAGGGGGAGGGUAGGUGAUGGGUAUUGAGGGCACCUGUUGGGAUGAGCACUGGGUAUUGUAUGGAAACCAAUUUGACAAUAAAUUUCAUAUUAAAAAUAAAAGUUACUUUGAAAAAAAAUAAAAGCCACCCACAUAAUCCCAUCUAAAAAAAAAUUCAAGUGAUGAUUUUACAUUUCUGUGGCUGAUAUUUUUAAAUUAUUUGUACAUAAUAUCUUUUCAUCAUGUCUGUUUUUUUGAACUUUAAAAUCUUUUUUGCCCAGUAGUGUUUAUUUUGUGAUCACAUGGGAUUCCUAAGAAUCUAAGGUCAAACAUGUUUCUUUACUUUGACCAAGUAAUGUCACUAUGUCAUUUUUAUUAAUUACAGUUUUCACAUUAAUUAUGAGUCACUCUAACUUGGAAUAUAAUGUAAUUAGGUCUCAGUGUUAAAAAACUUCAGAAGACUUAUUUUAUGUGCCGAAAUGUGUUCAUUUAUAGUUAAUUUUUGUUCGUUUUGGAUAACUAACUAAGAUAGUUGGGACAGUUCUGUUUUAAAGAGAUCUUUAUGGUUAUGGGAAUGGUUGCCUGAAUAAAAGCCUACAUAUCCAUUC